UUGAAACUGUGUCAUUUUCUUUGAGGAAAAACUCCCCUGCUGCCUGAAAUAAGUACCUUGGUUGCAAAAUGUUUGCUCCUUUAAGUCCCAGCACGAAUACUUCCUUCUUCCUCCUCACUGGAUUUUCUGGCCUUGAGCAGCAAUAUCCCUGGCUUUGCAUUCCUUUCUCCUCCAUCUAUGCCAUGGUACUUUUGGGAAACUGCAUGGUGCUCCAUGUGAUCUGGACUGAGCCAAGCCUACACCAGCCCAUGUUCUACUUAUUGGCCAUACUGGCCUUCACUGACCUAUGCAUGGGCCUGUCCACAGUGCACACAGUGCUGGGGAUCCUGUGGGGGCUCAUUCAAGAGAUCAGCUUGGAUUCUUGCAUUGCUCAGUCCUAUUUCAUCCAUGGUCUGUCCUUCAUGGAGUCGUCGGUCCUCCUUGCUAUGGCAUUUGACCGUUAUAUUGCCAUUUGUAACCCACUGCGUUAUUCCUCCAUCCUGACUAAUUCCAGGAUUAUCAAAAUUGGGCUCACCAUAAUAGGUAGGAGUUUUUUCUUUAUUACACCCCCCAUUAUGCGUCUGAAACUCUUCCACUAUUGCCAUCCCCACGUCCUCUCUCACUCUUUCUGCCUGCACCAGGACCUUUUACGCCUAGCCUGCUCAGACAUCCAAAUCAAUAGCUACUAUGCCCUGAUGUUGGUCAUCUGCACAUUGUUGUUGGAUGCUGUACUCAUCCUCAUCUCCUACAUCUUGAUUCUGAAGUCAGUUCUUGCAAUUGCUUCUCAAGAGGAGCGGCAUAAGUCAUUUCAGACCUGCAUCUCCCACAUCUGUGCAGUCCUUGUGUUCUACAUCCCUAUCAUUAGCCUAACAAUGGUGCACCGCUUUGGCAAACACCUCUCCCCUAUCGUCCGUGUCCUUAUGGGCAACAUCUACAUCCUUUUCCCACCUUUGAUGAACCCCAUUAUCUACAGUGUCAAGACGCAACAGAUUCGUAGCAGAAUACUCAGACUUUUUCCUCUGAAAAGAUAUUGA